AUGAGCCCCUCCGCCAAUGAGAGCCAUGACUUCACCUUCAUCACGGGCAGCAAGCCCGACGACUUCAAGGACAAAGUCGUCAUGACUACCGUCCGCAAGCGCGCCAUGGGAAGCUACCUCGAAAAGGAAAAGAAGUCGAGGCCCUCCGUCCAGAGGACGAGGUUGAAUAGCGAGGAUUCCACAAGCAAUGCCAACCUGCAAUUGAUGCCCACCUCCAAGGCUCAGAUCACACGCCUUCCCCCAUCCAUCGACGUGGUCCUUCCCUCGGCGCCCAUGGUCGAGGGAAUGCGGCCCGGUCGAUUGAUGUACGACAAGAACCCCGUGGCUGCCUUCCAGUCACCAGUCUUUCAAGUCUUCCCUUCCAUCGGCAAGCCCUUGGAUCCGUUCAAAACGAUGCACCAACCGCAGCACCCAGGCGUUUCGGUGGAGGAACUCAAAUUUCAUUGCUCUCGAUUCUUCGGGACUAGAGCAAUGGGCCGGCAUUGGAUUCCAACGCUGGUCAAAUCGCCACACGCAUUUCUGAGCACCCUGUGCAUAGCAUCUGCCCACCACGAUGCCAUAAGCAGCAGAUCGGCCGAAAGUUUCCAGACUCUAGCGCUGCGCCAGGAAGUCAUCCAUCUCAUAGGCCGCAACAUUCUCGAUCGGGAGCAAUGCGUUAGUGAUUUCAACAUCAUCGCCCUCACUCAGCUCAUCUGCAGUGAAAUAAUUGCAGGGGAAAAGGGCGCCCUCGGAUACCAUGAGGGGGGCAUUGAAAAGAUGGUGAAUCUGAGGGGAGGCCUCCGUCAACUUGGUAAUCUCAGUAACCUGUUCUUUCCACCCGCUCCCACACCAAACCCUGCGGGGCCAUCCGCGCUCCUUAUCUCUCUUAAAACCGCAAUUGACUCAUCGGACCUCUCAGACUGCUGGUCCGACAUGGCGGGUGUGCUUUUGUGGAUCGGUCUAGUAGCUGGAGCUACAAGUCACAAGUCAGACAAAGUUGUCAAGAAAUGGUUUUCGGCACUUGCGGUUAGGUGUAGUAUUGUGCUCUGCUUUGAGCAUCCUGAGGCGGUACAUUGUACCCUAUUGAAGAUGGGCGAAGUAAUUGAAGGGGUCGGAUUCCGAAGUGGAAACGAGGCUAUUACCAGAAGAGAGGGUGUAAAGGACACUGGUGCUGGUGCGAAGGCUGUGGGGACUAAAGCACCGAUCAGUGGGAAGAAGAGGAGGUUGUAAUUCAACGCUUUGCUAUGAAUACUAA